GUCCAUCUUCCCAAACAUAGACGAUCUUUGGCGCUCGGCUCUCUGGCUCACUGUCAAGAAACAAGUCUCUCGUCUCUUUUCCCGAAUCAAAUGCGUCCGUUGCCAGAAAGGCUGGAUGACAGGAGACGGGACCCUGCGGCCCUGUAGCCCACCAUGAGUAUCCAGAGUCUGGGAGGAGCUAUCGGGGACUCCCUUGGCUCUAGCCUGACGGUGCGCAUGAGCGGAGCAGCGGGCGGCGGCCGGAGCUCCCUAUCCGUGAAAGGCCGGAUCGCCUCUCUAUUCCAGACCAUGGUCCCCACCGGUUACACCAAGCUACAGGAGGAGCGGCUGGCCAUGGUGGACGUGGGCGCCAAACCCGAGCCCGUCUCGCUCCAGAACGGCUACCGGCAGGAGGCGUCGCACGCGGAGGGCCGACGCCUCCUGGACCGGGCCUCCCGCACCUCCGUGUCCUUAUCUGACUGCGGGGACGGGGGCGGUGGCUUCUCCGAAACGGAGCCCAUGCUGGGCGAGAGGAGGCUCUCCGGCGAGGAGGCGGAAGAAGAAGAAGAAGAAGAAGGGGAGGAAGUAGGACGGAGACCCACCAUGCAGAACAUGCCCAAGGAGCGCCUCGUGGCCAUGGUGCUCCAGAUCUUGCUGCCGUUCCUGCUUGCCGGAUUUGGGACGGUUUCGGCUGGUGUGGUGCUGGACAUUGUGCAGCACUGGGAGGCCUUCCAGUACAUCACGGAGAUCUUCAUCCUGGUCCCGGCUCUGCUCGGCCUCAAGGGGAACCUGGAGAUGACCCUGGCCUCGAGGCUGUCCACAGCGGUGAACGUGGGCAAGAUGGAUUCUCCCAUCGAGAAGUGGAAUCUGAUCAUAGGCAACCUGGCCCUGAAGCAGGUCCAGGCCACCGUGGUGGGUUUCCUGGCUGCCGUGGCGGCCGUGGUCCUCGGCUGGAUCCCGGAAGGGAAGUUCCAGAUGAGCCACGCGAUGCUGCUCUGCUCCAGCAGCGUGGCCACGGCCUUCAUAUCCUCCCUGCUGCAGGGUUUCAUCAUGGUGGGCGUGAUUGUGGGCUCCAAGAAGACGGGCAUCAACCCGGACAACGUAGCCACGCCCAUUGCCGCCAGUUUCGGGGACCUCAUCACCUUGGCGAUCCUGGCCGGGGUCAGCCAGGGCCUCUACAAGUGCCUAGAUACCUACCCGUAUGUGUCGUCGCUGGUUUGCGCCUUCUUCAUGUGUCUGACUCCGCUGUGGAUCGUCAUCUCCUCCAAGCACCCGGCCAGCCGCACCCUGCUCUACUCCGGAUGGGAGCCGGUCAUCACUGCCAUGCUCACCAGCAGCAUCGGAGGACUCAUCCUGGACCAGACGGUGUCUGACUCAAAUCUGGCCGGCAUCGUGGUGUACACCCCGGUUAUCAACGGAAUCGGGGGUAACCUCGUGGCCAUCCAGGCCAGUAGGUUCUCCACCCACCUGCAUUUCCACUGCGCUCCUGGGGAGGUCCCUGACGAGUACAAGGGCUGCUACUACCCCUGCCGCACAUUCUGGGGUUCAGGAGCCAAUCAUCGCUCGGCUCAGGUGCUCCUCCUGUUGGUGAUCCCCGGUCACCUGGUCUUCCUCUACACCAUCCACCUGAUGAAGAGCGGACACACCACGCUGACACCCAUCUUCAUGUCCGUCUACCUGGCUGCUGCCACGCUGCAGGUGCUGCUGCUGUUGUGCAUAGCCGACUGGAUGGUGCACUCCAUGUGGCGAAGCGGCAAGGACCCCGACAGUUUCUCCAUCCCCUACCUGACGGCCCUGGGCGACCUGUUGGGCACCGCCCUGCUGGCGCUCAGCUUCCACUUCCUGUGGGUCAUAGGGGAUCAAGACAGCGAUGUGGGCGACUGAGGCGGCGAUGAGGGGGGCCUUGUGGGAAUGUCGGUGCCCUUCUCUCGCUGGCCAGCACAUUCCUUUGCUUCACUUCACUUGAAGCACAUGGCGGUUUGGAAGCUAUUUUCUCCCUCCCCGCUUUUCUUUGUUUUGUUUUUUUUAAAUUACACACAAAAGACAUCAUAUUCCAGACAUUUUGACUGUUCUCGGUACAGGUUUUCCCUUUGCAUAGUUUGCACCAAAGCACUUGCAUUUUAUGAACAUGGUCUUGUGAGGAGGAGGAGGAGGAAAACACCAGCCGUCAGCC